AUGGAUGCUUCAAGUGCUGAAAUUCCUUUCAAUGCCAUUGCACUUCCUGUGUUCAAUGGGAAAAACUAUCAAGUUUGGGCAAUCAGAAUGGAGGUUUACCUGGAUGCAAAUGAUCUCUGGGAAGCUGUUGAGGAAGACUACCAAGUGCUUCCAUUAUCUGAAAAUCCUAUAAUAGCUCAAAUGAAGAGUUUCAAAGAAAGGAAAGCAAGAAAGUCCAAAGCCAAAAACUGCUUGUUUGCUGCAGUUUCAUCCUCAAUUUUCACCAAAAUCAUGUCCUUGGAAACAGCCUUUGAUAUAUGGAAUUAUCUCAAGAAGGAGUACGAAGGAAAUCAGAAGAUCAAAGGAAUGCAAGUGCUGAACCUGGUUAGAGAAUUUGAGAUGCAAAGAAUGAAGGAAUCUGAAACUGUCAAAGAGUAUUCAGAUAGACUUCUCAGUAUUGUAAACAAGGUACGGUUAUUUGGUUCUGACUUUGAUGAUACAAGAAUAGUUCAAAAAAUUCUUGUUACCGUCCCUGAAAGAUUUGAAGCUACCAUCACUUCUUUGGAAAAUACCAAGGAUCUGUCAAAGAUUGGCUUGGCAGAAUUGAUACAUGCAUUGCAGGCUCAAGAACAGAGAAGGCUUCUGUGA